AUGUCUGUCAUUGGUUCUUUGAUUUUCUGCACUGACUGUGGCAAUUUGCUACGAGAAUCAACUGGAGAUGCGAAUGCGACUCUACACUGUGGUAUCUGCGGAACUCGGAAUAAAGAUACUGUGCCGCAAACUAUUGUCUCAGAAUCCAAACCCUCUGCAUUCCCUUCUGCCUUGAGAGCAAAGCUAUCUUCAGUACAAACCUUGUCAGCUGCAGACCGGAAUACCGAGGCUAUCACACAGCAUACUUGCAACCGAUGCGGUCGAACAGAGAUGUUUUUCAGUGCAGUCCAACUGCGCAGUGCUGACGAAGGAAGUACUAUUUUCCUGCGCUGUGUUUGCGGUUACAAAACCAAUGUCGGAUUCUAA